AUGUCACCUUCUCCAUCGUCUCCGCAUCAACCUGCACCCGCGCUCCCGUAUACUGGCCCGCCCCCGACGGGCCAGUCUCGGCCGCGAUACGCAGACGGACAGUACCCCAAUCUAUCCCUUAUUCGCGGGUCAAACCAGUCUCAGUCGCAUCAUGCCUUCACGGCGUAUGCGGGGCAUUCUCCUCCCAACCAUGCAACGCAGUAUCCGAUGGCAGGUGAAUAUGACAUCUGGGGCACACCGGCUACGAUCCCGACGCAGCUUGUUCCGAUGCCAUUCUUUGCGGGUGCAGACACUGGAUAUGGGUAUGCCGUGGGCCAGGAGGAGUGGGCCACUCCCUCACAUUCUCCACCAAAUUGGGGCGUCCAGCCUGGAAAUGCACCAGGAGCUGGCUAUCCCGGCGGGUUUGGCUUUUGA